AGCAGCAGCAGCAGCAGCAGUAGUAGCAGCGGUAACACCGGCCAGUGAUGCUGCUGCUGCUAAUCCCGACUCCUCCUCCUCCUGUCGGCUGCAGUGAAGCAGCAUGGAUCCGUGAGUGUUCUCCGACAUCCCCUGCCUGAACACGGCCUCCAAGUCGGUCCUCCUCUUCCUCGUCUCAUUUCUACGCUAUAGGAGCCAUUAUCUCCACGAGUUUAAUCCACGCUGUUUGUAUUUCGAACCUGUUGUGGUUGAAUUUCUUUCCUCCUGCCCGUGCGUAAACGGUGGAGAUUGCUGGAGCCUGGACGCCGGGCCCUGGCUGCUCCUGCAGGGAUUCGAGACUUUUUGGUUUUCUUGACCUUUGUUGCCAUGGUGUUUCGGCUGCGAUACAUAACCAUCAGUUGAUCUCAGCUGUCCAGCCGUGUGUGUAUCUUUGACUUGGAGAGACAUUCAUUGUUCUUGGCUUUUACGCGCAAAUGUGUGAUCUCCUGUGGUGGAGGUGGAACAUGACCAGGAGCAGAAUCCUGACCACCAGCAGCGUGUGACCCCGUGACUUUUGCGGGGUGUGGAGCAGCUGCUAUAAUAAUAAUAAUAAUAAUAAUAAUAAUAACAACAACAACAAUAUCAACCAAAACGGAAUAAUAAAAAGCAACAACAAGAACAGUGGAGGGUGGAGACCUCGUUUGCCUUUUCAGCUCAGGUUUAAACCAUGGCCAAUGAACCUGUCAUCCUUAACGUGUAUGAUAUGUACUGGAUUAACGAAUACACUUCCAAUCUGGGAAUUGGAGUUUUUCACUCAGGCAUUGAGAUUUAUGGCAGAGAAUUUGCAUAUGGUGGUCACCCGUACCCUUUCAGCGGCAUUUUUGAAAUCAACCCAGGAAACGCUGCCGAACUGGGGGAGACCUUCAAAUUCAAAGAGGCCAUUGUUCUGGGCACCACAGACUUCACAGAGGAGGACAUAGAUAAAAUCAUGGAGGAGCUCGGUAAAGAAUUCAAAGGCAACGCCUACCAUCUGAUGCACAAGAACUGCAACCACUUCUCCUCCUCGCUCUCUGAGCUACUAUGUGGAAGGGAAAUCCCUCGCUGGGUGAACAGGCUGGCCUACUUCAGCUCCUGCAUCCCUUUCCUGCAGAGCUGCCUUCCCAAGGAGUGGCUGACCCCGGCCGCCCUGCAGAGCCACAUAAGUCUGGGCCUCCACAAAGAAGAUCAGAACGAGUCCAGCGACGAGGAUCCGUCGUCUGGUGGUGCAGCUUCGGGCUCGUCGCACAGCUGUCGCCACACGAGGGUCUGAACUGAACGUCAUUCCCUUUCAGAAAUCACACACUGACCUCCUCUGCAGUCACCCCUGCUGGUGACUCAAGUGUCUUUAGAAGGUUUGAACAACCACCUGACCUCAUGCUGUUGUUCCUCGGAUCAUAGAGGCAGGAGAAAUGGAGUCUCGUCUUGGUGAGGGGUCCUUCAGCCUUACAGCACAGACACCAGGUCUGUCUCUUCUACAUGUCACACUGAGACAGUCCAACUCUGAUCUGAGCUCUGCAGUGACGCUCAGACUCCAACAACGACCACUUGUAGAUCUAAAGUUUGUAGAAUGUUGUUAUUCCCAGUCUUUUUGCCAUGAACUUUUAAGCCUUUGUCAGCUUUGUUCCCUUCCCUGCCUUCAGAGCUGCUUUUGUAGAAUGACCUUAGAAACAACUCAAGCUGCAGUGAUGUUACCAGGGAAAAGGUGAAUUCCCUCAAUUCAAACAAGUUCUCGUUCAGUAACCUCUAUGUGGCCUUCUGUUGUCAUCUUAUGCAGCUUUAGUAGAUGCCAUUCUUGCAGGUUGGACGGUUAAUGGGGAGUUCACUGUCGGAUUGUUUCAGGCUUUGCAUGUUGAAAGAGUCUCAGAUCCCACAUUGUUUAAUAUGUCGGCAUUUAUUUCAUUUUUUUAACCAAAGUCUGGAUUAAAACUCAUAUUAAACCUUGAGCUUGAGAUAAGCUGCCAGUAUUACCAGUAAACUCACAGUUACAGUCAUCUGUCACUAUUUAAACAUCUCAGAGAGAAAGCUGCCACAGUGACUAUCAAGCUGACUCUGGGUACAGUGUGACCUUUGUCUAGCCUUUUUCUACCUGUAGGAGUCACAUGGUGUUUGCUAAUAAAAUAAUGGUGCGAAAUGUACGUUCAAACACAAAGAUCAUUUCUGGGAGAUACAGGUACAAUAGUUUGUUUCACCACUCACAUGGAAAAACUGCAGCUGUUCCAUAUCAACUUAAGUAUUAUUCAAUUAAAUUAUUCAUAUUAUAGCCAAAGAUUGUUGUUAUUAUUGUUAUAUAAAAAAUGGACUCUACCAUCCUGUUGCAAAAGUGAAGCAGCAAAAAUAAUUUUAAUUGGAGGGAUGAACUAGUUUCAGGUCGUAGGUGGAACAUCACGUUAAUCACUUUUGGCUUGUCCCUUUAUUAGGGGUCGCCUCAUUGAGAGUCCGCAGAAUGAAUUAGUAUCCCAUUUAGAGAUCAUAAAGCACAACUGAAGAUGCAGGGAUUCAGCAUUCAGGACAAAGUCUGAGACAAAGACAGGUCUUUACAGAACUAAAACCAUGCAUUUGGUAUUUAGCAGACAAUGUCAUUAACAUCAUUUUACCAGUGCUGCAUGUACUAAACUAGUGUUUUUAACCUUCUACAUGUAGAUCAUUUCUACAUCUGCUUGGUCCUGUACCUGGGUCCCGGUGCUAUGUUCAUUUCCCUUCACCAAUCACUUGGAAUGUCAUAUUAGACUGCAUAUAAUAUCUAAAAUUAGGAUCCUAUCAGAUGGUCCAGCUGUUAAUCACACACUGUGUAAACGCACUUCCAUUUUCCUGGAGUAGGUUUGUAAUUUACAACAUUGACAAUACCUUACGCUGGAGCAGCUUGAAAAUAGCAAACAGUCAACAGAAACCUUUUGAAAAUAUUUUCCAUAGACGCCUGGUUUCAUUUUUAAAAAACAAUUCUUAGGCUUCAGUUUUGCAACUAGAGGGCCGUGCCCAUUUCUUAUAUACGAUCUAUGAUAACAGAUCGACAUUUUGGGAAGUAUAUUUAUUCACUGUCUCUCAGAGAGUUAGAUCCAAAGAUCGAUAGCACUCUCAUGUCUAGGCAGUGACUACAGUGUAGCCGGUUAGCUUAGCUUAGCAUAAAGAAUGGAUGCAUGGGGAAAUGAUUAGUCUGACUCGGUCCAAAGGUAACAAAAUCUGCUUAUACCAGCACAAAGAAAAAUCAAUAAUUUACAUUUUCCAACGUUGUACAUCACUUUUCUCCUCCAACAGGAUGAGAUGAAAGGUAUUACUGAGAAUGCUGUUCAAUGCAUUUCUAUAAAACUAUAUUUGUUUUGUUUUUUUAUUUAUUUAAACUGUGAAUUAAAGCGUGACUUGUUUACAGUUGCAAAUCUUUGUAAAGACCUUUUUUGAAGUUUGAAUAUAUAACAUCAGAGGUUGUACAAUGCCAAGUUGUCAUUAAGGGAAUAUGCUGUAAUAAUGUCAUGGACUUCAUUGUAAUCAUUAUGGACUCAGCAUGCAUUAGGCUACUUCCCCUCUGAUGCCAACGAUGGUUGUGAUUACAACCAUAACGAUGACAAAUCAUUAUUUCAGCUUCUGUUGCCUGCUUUUGUUCCUUCACCAAAUUAGACCAUGCGUCAUUUCAGUGUGUUCCCUCUUCCCUCCCACUGUGACUCAAAGUGAAAAAUUGUCAUCUGAACUCUUCAUGUUCUAAAAUAAGCUAUACCCUUACUUAUUUUUAACAUUUUGACAUGUGCUGUGUUUGAGAUUCUCUGUUUUAGGGGGCUUUACAGUGACAAGCAUUCAUUGGCCAAAUGUUUCUGACAUUUUCUAUGGAACAGACAGGCAUUUUUUUUUCUAUUGUAUGUGUCAACCUCAACCUUGUAUUUCCUUUCUUCUAACCCAAGACGAUUUUAAGAAUGAUGAUAUAGUACUAGAAUAAAGAUAUGGGUA